AUGGCACCCCUUGGAAGCGAGUCGACAGACGAGAAGAAGGCACUUCGGUCGAAUUUCCUGUGGGUAGGCUCGAGCAGUGGCAAUUCCGAACCCACCGGCCAUGUUUACGCAAAAGUGGUCCGGAGCCAUGUCCAACGGUGGUCAAAGACACAUCCUGGCGCAAAAAGGCAGCGCAGUGGACUUUCAAUCGACAGGAAACGGAAAGCCGCUCCAAAGGUUCGGCCUGUGCAACCUCGGUCAUCAAUGCUCCCUGCCAAAGCCCAGGAGUCGCCAUCGAGUGCACGUCGGUCCACUCAUUUUGCUGCGGCGCCAAUGACGCCAGUGUCUAGUCAAGAGACUCCGGUCGAACUAGAGGAUCUAGAUGCGAUGCAGGUAAAGAACAAGAGUGCGACAGAAGAUGUGUCCCCGGGCACAGGACAUCCUAAGGAUCACCGUCCCGGCACCGCAAUACUCCAAGAUAAGGAAGAGGCCGGCGAAGCCAAAGGCACCAUUGUGACAGCCACAUGGAGAGAUGACCAACGAUGGCAGGAGACCAUCCAGAUUCGCAUUCAGCAGACCGUGCGGCUCUGGCACUCAAUCGCACCUACGUUGUCCGCAACCCUCGACUUAGAUAGAGUGGAGAAAAUGGUUCGAUGCCACCACAUGACCUUCUCGACGGUCUGCUCCGUGAAGAAAGCCGCAAGCACCCGAGAGUCACAGGAAGAAGCUCUGAUAUUCGAGCGGCUAAUGAAGAAAGGUUGCAGAGCCUUGGUGGCGAACAGAGUGAACGAAGCUUUCGUGCUGUUUGACGAGGCUUUUUCCUACCUGAAGCCAGUUUUAAUCUUGCAAAAUAUUCGGGGGCAGCCAGUGUUGUGCCGUCUUAUCGCUCAGUACUCUGGACCGCUCUUUAUGCCCCUCUGGCACCGAGUCUUCCAGCACAUCAUCGAGCUCGCCGAAGUGUUGAUCAGUCCGGAGAACCCCUUCGGACAGAGUGCGGAUUUGUUUAUACGAUCCCCAGUCCCGUUGACCGAAGCGUCAGAAAUGGUCCUUCGCUGUAUCCUCGACGUGGUGCAGAUGCAACUGGGACCAUUGCAUCCAGAUGCUCUGGAUUCCCUGGAAUGCCUAGCUUGGACUUUGUUCGAAAGGGGUCGUGGAGAGGAAGCUCUAAGUCGCUUCCUCGAGCUGCUACAGAAUCAGGAAGCCGCCAGGGGACCCAUGUCUCCAGAAGCAUGCGAGGCCCUUCGCGGACUCGCCGAGACGCAUUUGCAGCUGGGUGACCUCGACGCAGCUGAGCACUUGAUUGAUGAGAUACUUGGUUGGCGAAGCGCAGGGGCGGCCAGGGGAAGCCCGCAGGUGUCGGCUGUCAGAGUCAAGUGCUUACUCUCGUUGUCUCGUGUGGCCCAGCAACGGCAGAAUCCAUUUCGUGCUCGCUGGCUGCUGGAGCAAGCGGCUCAAACGGCUUCCGUGGCGUCCAGCGGUGGUGGCCAGACGGCUGCAGAUGUUUGCCUCGACAGAAAACCCUCAGAACUUGAUCCACUGGACGAAGUCAAAGAAGAAGUUCAAAGGUUGCUGGACGCCAUGGAGUCAUGGUCAAUUGAUUGA